UUUAAAGCUAGAAACAAGGGCAUAGAAAAUGUGAUAACAAUUGAUUUGCAUGGGCAACAUGUCAAACAAGCCAUGAAACUUUUAAAAAUCCAUCUACUGUUUGGGACGUAUGCACAAUCGGUUCAAUUCCUCAGGGUUAUCACAGGGUACGGGUCACAUGAUUAUGGAAAGUCAAAGCUGAAGCAAUCGGUCAUUGAACUUGUUGAGAAUGAAGGUAUUCAAUGGAGCGAAGAGAAUCGAGGAGCAGUAUUAAUUAAGCUAGGUUCACAUAGAGAGUUCAGCUUUCUGGAUGCGGAGAGUGAUCCCGACUAACCUCCUUUAGCAUGGUUACCAGGCAUGAUCCCUUUUCAUAGUUACUGAAUUAAAUUACCUCAAAAACUAGUUUGUAAAACCCACCACAGGUUGUGUUUUGUGUCAAUGUUGUUGUCAGUCAAUAGGGAGGUAAAGUGUAGUCGCCUUAAUGUUGUGUUGGAGGCCAGGUUAACAGAUGUCCAUAUUCAUCUCUUUUCUCUAGGUCGCUAAAUUAUUUAGACGCCUUCAUUGAAGAAAAACUAGCUCAGCUCAAGUUGCUCGUUGUACUUACUGUGUGUAGGGCAUGUAUAUAACUUGAGAAAACUGUAUAAAUUUAACCGAGUUGACAAUGACCUGAAACUGAAACAGUUUGAUCAUAACAUGCAUUGUCGUUUGAUACUU